AGUUCCAGACCAGUUAUUCCAGAUCUGUCUUAGACAGCUGUUUGUGGACGCGCUUUGUCUCGCACCGAAUACACGCAACCUUGGCCAAAAACUAGUUCAGUGACCACUUCCGGGGGAAAUGGCCGCGGCGCGUGGCAUCCGCUUCUACUACGAUCUUAUCUCGCAACCUUGCCGUGCGUUGUACAUUUUCCUCGAGCAGACCAAAAUCCCGCACCAAAAGUGUCCGACGGCGCUGCGAAAAUGGGAGCACACGACGCCGGAGUUUUUGCGGACGGUGAAUCGGUUCGGCAAGCUGCCGGCGAUUGUGGAGGAGGAGUCGGGGUUUAAGCUGGCGGAAAGUAUUGCCAUUUUGAGGUAUUUGUCGCGGGAGCACUCGGUGCCGGAUCAUUGGUACCCGCGGGAUAGCCGGAGGAGGGCGCGGGUUGACGAGUACCUGGAGUGGCAGCACAGUAACACCCGGUUGCAUUGCGCCGGGUAUGUUCGGUACGUUUGGAGGGGACCGCUGCGGGGAGAGGCUGUUGAGAGGCAGGUCGCGGAACGGCUUCGGGCGGAGAUGAUUGCCUGUUUGGACUUUAUCGAGUCGAACCUGCUGCGGGAGGAUGUGCCGUUUAUCGCGGGUCAGGACAUUUCCAUUGCGGAUUUGGUCGCGGCUUGCGAAGUUGAACAACCUAAACUCACCGGUUACGAUGCGAGGGUGGGCAGACCAAAGAUGACCGCAUGGUUGCAACGGGUUAAGGAAUUUACCCAUCCGGACUACGAGGCUGCGCACAAGGUGAUGUUGAGGUUUGCGCCAACGGUGGCGUGAGUUCAGGAACAUUAGCUCAAUUAUACUUAAGGUGCUACACGUGUCGUUUAGCGAUUCAGUUCAACAAUAAAGUAUUUCUUGUCUAUUUUUUUCAAACCUAUUCAA